GCUGCCUUAGCUCCCUGACCCACCUUAGAGUGAGCGCACUGCAAUUACUUUCAGAUGUGCAUGGCAGUGGCAUACGGUGACUCCGGUAUUUGUGCAAGCUGCGGAGGGGGCAGGGUACUGGUGCAGUUCUCCAUGUGUGGGUGAGCAGACUCUUUGCUGCUGAUUAGAAUUAAACAUUUUCGGUCUUUUCUAGCAACACUUAUUUUUGUAUAAUGACUACAGUUAGCAGCACUGAAGCAGAGACUGGCCCUGCACCCUCUCCAGUAAAUGGGCAGCCUCCUGCAGAGGAGCCUGGCAUGAUCAGUGUGGAUAUAGCAGGGCUCUUCUAUCAGUUUGCCAAGACUUUCAUCCUCAUUUUUCCUGUAUAUGUACUGGGAUACUUCGGACUGAGCUUCAGCUGGCUGCUUAUCGUUUUGGUUUUUCUGUUCUGGUGGAAAAAAAAUAAAGGGAAUAAAAGUUCUCGACUAAACAGGGCACUAUCCUUUCUGGAAAACGAAGAGAAGGCUGUGAAACAUUCUAUCUGCACUUCUGAUCUGCCUGCCUGGGUUCAUUUUCCGGAUAUUGAAAGAGCGGAAUGGCUAAACAAGACGGUAAAGCAUAUGUGGCCCUACAUCUGCCAGUUCAUAGAGAAAUUGUUCAGAGAGACUAUUGAGCCAGCUGUCAGAGGGGCCAAUACCCACCUAAGCACCUUCAGUUUUACCAAGAUUGAUAUGGGCUCACAGCCCCUAAGAGUAAAUGGAGUGAAGGUAUACACUGAAAAUGUGGACAAAAGACAGAUUAUCUUAGAUCUUCAGAUAAGUUAUGUAGGAAAUUGUGAGAUUGACUUGGAAAUAAAGAGAUAUUUCUGUAGAGCUGGCAUCAAAAGUAUUCAGCUACAUGGGACAAUGAGAGUUAUUUUAGAGCCGUUAAUUGGAGAUAUACCUAUUAUCGGAGCCCUGUCCAUAUUUUUUCUCAGGAAACCACUUCUAGAAAUCAACUGGACAGGUCUUACAAAUCUCCUGGAUAUACCUGGAUUAAAUGGUAUGUCGGAUACUAUAAUACUUGACAUCAUAUCAAAUUAUUUGGUACUUCCAAAUCGUAUCACGGUCCCACUUGUUAGCGAAUUGGAGAUUGCGCAGUUGAAGUUCCCUAUACCAAAGGGAGUGCUGAGGAUACAUUUUAUCGAGGCACAAGAUCUGAUGGGGAAAGAUACCUAUAUGAAGGGACUUGUGAAAGGAAAGUCUGACCCCUAUGGUGUUAUCAGAGUUGGCAAUCAAGUUUUCCAAACUAAAGUUAUCAAAGAAAACCUAAAUCCCAAGUGGAAUGAAGUCUAUGAGGCUUUGGUAUAUGAACAUCCAGGUCAAGAACUUGAGAUUGAACUGUUUGAUGAAGACACAGAUAAGGAUGAUUUUUUGGGCAGUCUUUUGAUUGACUUGGCUGAAGUGGAAAAAGAGCGUGUGGUAGAUGAGUGGUUCACAUUAGACGAGGCUACUACAGGGAAACUCCAUUUAAAACUGGAGUGGCUCAGCCCAAAGUCAACGGCUGCAAAUCUUGACCAGGCUCUGGCAAGCGUUCGAGCCGACAAAGACCAAGCAGACGACGGCCUCUCGUCAGCUUUGCUCAUUCUUUACUUGGAUUCAGGAAGAAAUUUGCCCAGUAUCUACGAGGGAAACUUGGGUUGUGGCUCCUUAAAAGAAAGGAAAGCUUCUGGACUGAUAUUUUGUGAAAACACUUCCUCACUCUAUAGAACGUUAUUUUCUGGAAAAAAGAUGGGGAGCAGCCCUAAUCCUUUUGUACUGUUUUCUGUUGGUCAUAAAGAUCAACAGAGUAAGGUUAAACACAAGACCAUUGAACCAGUCUGGGAGCAGACAUUCACUUUUUUUAUCCACAAUCCUAAACGUCAGGAACUUCAAGUGGAGGUUAAGGAUGAAUACCAUCAAAGUUCAAUGGGAAACUUGAAGAUUCCUCUCAGUAAAUUACUGACAAGUGAGGACCUAACUAUAAACCAGAGGUUUCAGCUCAAUAACUCUGGUCCCAACAGCACCAUUAAGAUGAAAAUGGCACUCAGGAUUCUUUAUGUUGAGAAACCUGAACGUUCUGUGGACCAAACAUCCCAGGUGAAGAGACCUUCCAUAUUCAAAGCAAAGCAGCCUGCAACACCUCAGAUGCCAAGAACUCAAAAUGUAGAGGCUCAAAAACCUCCUUCUACACCAAAAUUAGAUACUAAUAAGAUCAGUAAUAGUGUAGAAAAGGGCAGCACUCCUAGUGCCAGUCCCCAGAGACCAACAGAGUUGCACAAAAGCUCCUCCAGUUUAUCUGGUUCCAGCUUCUCCUAUUCGCCUUCUCACUUGUCAAUGAAGGAACCAACACCCAGCAUUGCCUCUGACAUAUCCCUGCCUGUUGCUACACAGGAACUUCGGCAACGCCUCCGGCAGCUUCAGAAUGGGACAUCCCUGGGCCAGUCUCCGCUGGGACAGAUUCAAUUAACCAUUCGACACAGCUCUCACAGAAAUAAACUAAUGGUAGUUGUACAUUCCUGCAGAAACCUUAUAGCCUAUUCAGAAGAUGGUUCAAAUCCUUAUGUCAGAUUGUAUUUAUUACCAGACAAAAGAAGAUCAGGAAGGCGAAAAACGCAUGUUGCAAAGAAGGAGUUAAACCCAACAUAUGAUCAAACCUUUGAAUUCAGUGUUGCACUGCCUGACCUACAAAGAAGAACACUAGACGUAGCAGUGAAGAACAAUACUGGCUUCCUACAGAGAGAUAAAGGGCUUCUUGGCAAGUUACUGAUAGAUCUGAGCUCAGAAGAAGUUACCAAAGGAUGGACCCAGUGGUAUGAUUUAACUGAAGACGGAAAGCCACCUUUUGCCAAUUAGGCAACCCAAAACACCUUUAUAAGCAACUCUACAUAAUGAAUGCAAUGCGCUCACAGAAGAACCAAUAUUAUUUUUAUAGAUCCAUUUAUUUCAUAACUUGGCACUGUGUUCAUUAACACCUUUUUAAUUGUAUUGUAUUUUAUUUUUAAUUUCUUAAAUUGGCCAACCCUUUUAUUGAGCUUUAUUAGCUGAGCGGCUUUACAUUUUUAUUUUAUUUUUUCUAUUAUUAUUUUUUUUUUAAUUUUUGUCUAAUAAUGUGCAAUAGGGUGUUUUUAAUUACAAUGAAACUGUAUGGCUGUUAUCCUUUUAUAAGCAGGGAAUUUGUUGCUUGUUGCAGGUGUGAUUUUGUAUAUCAUACUGUACACCAUGUAAAUAUGUAUUAUUCUCUUUUGUAAUUCAUUUUAUUUCUCCGUUUUGGUUGAUCGCUAAUUUGAAGAUUGAUAAUAAUCAUGACAUUCAGUUUUAUUGGGUUCAACAAUGACGAUUCCUUGAAAGUGGCUGAGUCUUAAACAGUUCAGUAUUAAAAGUCUUGGCAUUGUUAUGCCGAAUCUUUUAACACAAAAGUGUAUAUAUACAUAGGGAUAAUUAUUAUUAUUUUUAUAAGCUUUUUCAGAAACCUAUUGAAUUUUUAGGUGUCUGGGUAAAAUUGUUGUCUCCCAGAAUCUUUUUUUUUUUAUAUAUACUUUAGAUUAAGGUAUUUUUCUGCUCUGUUAAUCUACCGUUCUGAAUGUACUGUCAUUGUGAUGGAAGCUCAUGGUGCACAGCAGUCAUAGCAGUAUCCUGGGAGCUAAAGAAUGUGAUUUUAAAAUGCUGCAUUGUUUUUAGAGUAUUGUAAAGUGUUUGUAAUUCGCGACAGCCUAAAAUGUACAUUCGGUCAUCUUGUAUGUCUUUAUUAUAGCUCACCCACGAAGGAAAAUAUUUGGUAUCUAGUCAGAUGAUUCUUUAAUAUUUUUUUUCCUAUAAUAUUUUUAAUGUUAUUUUAUACGGUUAAUACGUAUUUUAGUUUUUAAACAGUUCCGCAAUAGGUGCCUUGCAUAUUGCCUGUCUGUGGCUUUUGAUUAUAAAUUAUAGGGCUGUUUUUUUUUUUUUAUAGAUUUCAAUACUAUACUUCUUUCCUAUGGCAUGGAGAGUCCACAAAACAUUCUAAUUACUAGUGGGAUAUUCAAUCCUGGCCAGCAGGAGGAGGCAAAGAGUACUUCAGCAGAGCUGUUAAAGGGACAGUCAAGUAAAAAAAAACCUUUCAUGUUUCAAAUAGGGCAUAUCAUUUUAAACAACUUUCCAAUUUACUUUUAUCACCAAUUUUGCUUUGUACUCUUGUUAUUCUUAGUUGAAAGCUAAACCUAGGAGGUUCAUAUGCCUAUUUCUUAGACCUUGAAGGCCGCCUCUAAUCUAAAUGCAUUUUGAUAGUUUUUCACUACUAGAGGGCAUUAGUUCACGUGUUUCAUAUAGAUAACAUUGAGCUUGUGCACGUGAAUUUACCAUGGAGACAGCUCUGAUUGGCUAAAAUGCAAGUCUGUCAAAAGAACUGAAAUAAGGGGCAGUCUGCUGAGGCUUAGAUACAAUAUAAUUACAGAGGUAAAACGUGUAUUAUAACUGUGUUGGUUAUGCAAAACUGGGGAAUUGGUAAUUAAGGUAUUAUAUAUCUUUUAAAACAACAAAAAUUCUGGUGUUGACUGUCCCUUUAAGUAUCACUUCCCUUACCCAUAUCCCCCAGUCAUUCUCUUUGCCUUGAUCACAGGAGGAUGGCGAAGAUGGUGUCUGAAGAUUUCUGCCAAUCCAUUUAUGGGUACUUUUCCCUGCAAGCAAGGAUUGGGGUCUAGCUGUGUCCAUGUCAAUCUCUUUAGUAAGAGUAAUGGUGGCUAUUAGCAGUUAGAAGACGACAAGGUGGUCUUUGCUUAAACUUCUCACAUUAUUGCUACCCCUAUUAUAGAAAGAUAUUUUUUUUUUGCGGUCACGUGACUGUUCCUCGGCACGUCCGGUUUUUGGCUUCUCUGAUUAGAUCAGAGUUUGCCGCGGGGAGUGUGGAGGUUGCAGUUUCCUCUGGAGGGGGAAUUCUCCGUUUGCAAGUGGAUUUGCGCUGUUCCGGUAACAAGGAUGUGUAUUUUGCUACCGGGUGUGUCCGGUUUUCUGUGCUAGUGGGUUAGCAACUUCUGGAGGGGUAAAACCUCAGCAGAGCUGAGGGUUUUAGGUGCUUAUUUAUGUUUUAUUGCUUCAUAAAAAUAAACCUAAUUUGGCAUUUAACUAAUUCUUGUUAAUUGCUAGGAACUUAUACCCAAUUAUGGACACUAAUGCUAAAGUUGAUUCUUUUGAAAAAUGCUUAUUGUGUUUUGAGGCUAAGAUAAUUCCUCCUGUACAGUUUUGCUUUUUAUGUCUAAAUAAAACUUUAAAGUUUAAAGAUAAGAUGUCUCUCCCUGAGCCUCCUGUCUCUCAGGAUAGUGUUAUCCUAGCUACACCUCAGCUUUCCUCUCAAGCUUCCCAAGCUUCACAUGCAGUGCCCUGCGGUUCCUCUCAAACAACUGGGGGUGUUUUUUUACCUGGGGAUUUCGCUGCACAGAUUACUUCUGCUGUUUCUGCAGCUUUAUCAGCUUUUCCAAAGGUUUCUGGUAAGCGUAAGAGGAAAUCUAAACAUAUUGAUGUUAGAAAGGCUGACUCCGCUAAGGCUUCGUUAGUCAGUUUAUCUCAAUUAUCUGAUGAGGAUGAUUCUUCCUUGGCAUCUGAGGGGGAGUUGUCAGAUUCUGAUACUGUAGUGACCAAUUCUGCAGAUUCAGAAGAAAUUAAUUUCAGAUUUAAGUUAGAACACCUUUGAGUUCUUUUGAAGGAGGUUCUUGCUACUUUGGAAGAAUCCGUCGCUUCUGUUGCGGAGAAUCCAAAGCGGUCUAGUAAGCUUAAUAGGGUAUAUGAUGUACCCUCAUCUGUGAAAGUAUUUCCAGUUCCAGACCGUAUGUCAGAUAUUAUAACUCAGGAAUGGGAUAAACCAGGGAUUCCUUUUUCCCCGUCCUCUGUUUUUAAAAAGAUGUUUCCUGUUGUGAAUGCUAUUCGUGGUGCACGGUGCCCAAGGCAGUGGGAGCUAUCUCUACUCUGGCUAAGAGAACUACUAUUCCUAUUGAAGAUAGUUGUUCUUUCAAGGAUCCCAUUGAUAAGAAGCUUGAAGCUUUUUUGAAGAAGAUGUACAUUCAUCAGGGAUUACAGUGGCAACUUGUUGCUAGUAUUGCUACAGUUGCGGGGGCAGCAUCUUAUUGGUGCGAAGACUUAUCUAAACUUAUCCUAGAAGAGACUACUAUAGAGGAGAUCCAAGACUGGAUCAAGGCUCUCAAGCUAGCCAAUACCUUUAUUUGUGAUGCCAACAUGCAAGUUCUUAGGCUGGGUGCUAAGAUUUCUGGUUUUACGGUUAUAGCUAGCAGAGCUCUGUGGUUAAAAUCUUGGUCUGCAGAUGUUACAUCCAAGUCCAAGCUUUAUCUCUGCCUUAUAAGGGUAAAACCUUGUUUGGACCAGGUCUGGCAGAAAUGAUUUCUGACAUUACAGGUGGAAAGGGUUAUUUUCUUCCUCAGGAUAUAAAGAAUAGACCUAAGGGUCGCCAGAAUUCUAAUUUUCGUUCCUUUCGUAACUUUAAGGGACAGAAGUCUUCCUCUUCCAAGUCGGAUCAAUCCAAGUCUUCUUGGAGGUCCAGUCAGCCUUGGAAUAUGGGGAAGCAAGCCAAGAAGCCUUCCGUUGAUUCUAAAUCAACAUGAAGGGGCUGCCCCCGAUCCUGUAGUGGAUCAAGUAGGGGGGCAGGCUUUCUUUUUUUUUGGCAGGCUUGCAUAUGCAAUGUUCCAGAUCCUUGGGCCAUAGAUAUACUAUCCCACGGUUACAGAAUAGAAUUCAAAUCUUGUCCUCCCAGGGGCAGAUUGCACCUGUCAAGGUUAUCUGUGAACCAGAUAAAGAGAGAGGCCUUCUUAAACUGCGUAAAGGACCUAUCAUCCCUGGGAGUGAUUGUUCCAGUACCUCUAGAGGAACAGGAUCUAGGAUUCUAUUCAAAUCUAUUUGUAGUUUCCAAAAAGGAAUUCUGGACCAAAAGUGUCUCAAACAAUUCCUCAGGGUUUCGUCCUUUAAGAUGAAGCCCAUCUGUUCUAUUCUUCCUUUGGUCCAAAAGGGUCAGUUCAUGACUACGUGUAUCUUCAUGUUCUUAUUCACAGGGAUCAUUAUCAGUAUGUAAGGUUUGCCUUCCAGGACAAACAUUUCCAGUUUUUGCCCUUCCAUUUGGCCUUGCUUCAGAUUCCAAAAUUUUCACAAAGGUUCUGGGGGCUCUUCUGACAUUGUUGAGGGCCCAGGGUAUUGCUGUGACACCUUAUCAAGAUGACAUUUUAGUUCAAGCGCUAUCUUUUCAUCUAACAAAAUCUCUUAUCUAAGUGAAUCUGGGAUAGAGUUCCCUUGUUCCAGAUACAAGGGUGUGUUUCUUGGGAACAAUCAUAGGUUCCCUGUCCAUGAAGAUUUUUCUGACAGACAUCAAAAAAUCCAAACUUCAUGUUUCUUGCCUUUCUCUCCAGUCUACUAUUCGUCCAUCUGUGGCUCAAUGCAUGGAUGAGAUUGGACUUAUGGUUGCUUGCCUCCAUGGACAUCAUUCCUUUUGCUCGGUUCCAUCUGAGACUUCUGCAACUCUGCAUGCUCAAUCAAUAGAAAGGGGACCACUCAGAUCUCUCACAGAAGAUAAAUUUGGAUUCCCCAACAAGAGUCUCUUGUGGUGAAUUUCUCAGGACCAUCUUUUUCAGGGCACAUGCUUCCUGAGGCCUUCCUGGGUGAUUGUGACCAUGGACGCCAGCCUGUUAGGCUGGGGAGCAAUUUGGGGUUUCUUAAAAGCACAGGUUCUGUGGACUCCAGAGGAGUCGUCUCUUCUAAUAAACAUCUUGGAGUUGAGAGAAAUUUUCUAUGCUUUAAUAGUUUGGCCUCAAGUAGCUUUGAUCCGAUUUAUCAGAUUUCAGUCGGACAACAUUACCUCGGUGGCCUACAUCAAUCACCAGGGAGGAACUCGGAGUUCCUUGGCAAUGGAGGUACUCACAUUCUCCAGUGGGAGGAGUCUCACGAUUGCCAUCUCUCUGCCAUCCACAUACCAGGAGUGGACAACUGGGAGGCGUUUUUUCUAAGCAGGCAGACUUUUCAUCCUGGAAAGUGGGCUCUCCAAUUAGAGGUUUUCAUAAUGAUAACUCUCAGGUGGAGUCUCGUCAAAAUGCCAAGCUUCCAAAGUACGGCUCAAGGUCAAAAGAUCCUCAAACCGUUCUGGUAGAUGCUCUAGCGGUUCCUUGGAGCUUCAAUCUAGCAUCUUCUGUUCUGGAUACCUGUUUCCUCCGUUUGUGUUGCUUCCACGAGUAAUUGCUCGCAUCAAACAGGAGAGAGCAUCUGUGAUUCUAAUAGCUCCUGCAUGGCCUCGCAGGAUCUGGUUCGCGGAUCUGGUGAGGAUGUCAUCUCAUCCGCUGUGGUGGUUACCUUUCAGGAAGGACCUUCUACUUCAGGGUCCCUUUCCUCAUCGAAAUCUGGUUUCUCUGAAGCUGACUGCUUGGAGAAUGAACGUCUAAGUUUGGCUCGACGUGGCUUCUCUGAGAAAGUCAGUCAUAGAUACUAUGCUUCAGUCUCGUAAAUAGGUUACUCACAGAAUUUACCAUAGGGUAUGGUGUAAAUACCUUCAUUGGUGGGAUUCAUAGGGUUUUUCUUGGAACAAAGUAAGGGUUCCUCAAAUUUUGGCUUUUCUUCAGGAGGGCCUAGAGAAGGGUUUGUCAGUCAGUACUUUGAAGGGUCAGAUUUCUGCACUGUCUGCCAGAUGUUUAGUCUUUUGUUCAGGCCUUGGUCAGAACUAGGCCUGUGUUAAAAUCUGUUGCUCCCCCUUGGAGCCUUAACCUUGUUCUUAGAGUUUUGCAGCAGGCUCCGUUUGAGCCAAUGCAUUCUGUUAAUGUUAAUUUCUUAUCUUGGAAGGUUUUGUUUCUUCUUGCUAUUUCUUCUGUAUGCAGAGUUUCUAAACUUUCUGCUCUGCCAUGUGAUUCCCCUUACCUUAUUUCAUACUGAUAAGGCGGUCCUUAGUACUAUGCUGUGGUUUUUCCCUAAGGUAGGGUCGGAUCACAAUAUUAAACAGGAAAUUGUUGUUCCUUUUUUUUUGUCCUAACAAUUCUUCUCAGAAGGAACGUCUUUUGCAUAACUUGGAUGUUGUGCGUGCUUUUAAAUUUUAUCUUCAAGCAACUAAGGAUUUUCGUCAGACUUCUGUCUUGUUUGUUGUUUUCUCUGCUAAGCGUAGGGGUCAGAAGGCCACUUCUACCACUCUUUCUCUCUGGUUGAGAAGUGUUAUCCGUUUAGCUUAUGAGACAGCUGGACAGCAGCCUCCUGAGAGACUUAAGGCUCAUUCCACUAGAGCUGUUUUUUCUUCACGGGCUUUCAAAAAUGAAGCUUCUGUGGAGCAAAUCUGUAAGGCGGCCACUUGGUCUACAUACAUUUUCCAAAUUCUACAAAUUUGAUACUUUUGCCUCAACUGAGACUUCUUUUGGGAGAAAAGUUCUUCAAGCAGUGGCGGCUUCAGUUUAGGUCCGCCUGUCUUGUUCUCCCUCCCUAUUCAUUCUGUGUCGUCUAGCUUGGGUAUUUGGUUCCCACUAGUAAUUAGUAUGUUUUGUGGCCUCUCCAUGCCAUAGGAAAGAAAACAAUUUAUUCUUACCUUAUUAUUUAUUUAUUUCCGGACAUGGAGAGUCCACGACCCGCACCUCUAUACCCUUGUGUUAUCAUCUUUUUCCGUUUCCCUUCGGCCGAAUUACUAGGGGUUAUGGGUGAGGGAAGUGAUACUUAACAGCUCUGCUGGGGUGCUCUUUGCCUACUGCUGGCCAGGAGUGAAUAUCCCACUAGUAAUUAUAAUGUUUUGUGGACUCUCCAUGCCCGGAAAGAAAGACAUUUAUCAGGUAAGCAUACAUUUUGUUUUUCACUACAUCUGGAAUAUUGAGGCUACCACAAUAUUUUACUGAGAUUAUGCAGGGGUUAGACGGUUAGCAUGCAUUCAAUGUUGUCAUACUAAUAUUGUAUGUGCAUCAAUACCAUAAGAAACAUUCCCACUGGGGGUGAAAAUUUUCACCAUGGCUGUGGUGUUGUCUGGCAUCCAUGGGGUUAACUGUAGCUCUUGAUUACAAGUUUGUGAUAACAUUUUAGUAAUUAAGAUGGGUGGUAAAGUACAAUGUCAUGGGCAGCAAGAUGACAUAGACGAUAUCUUCACCCACAACAUUGUGGUGAUGAUAUUGUUAACAAUAAUAUUUUAGCGACGACAGUUCAAACAGAUAUCCGUUUUUAGGUAGAAUACUUCACCCCCUCCUUAUCGGUCAUAAAUUGUGGUUGCACGUGUAUAACUGAAAAAAAUCUGGGAAACAACAAUUGAAGCAUUGCUGGACCCACUAAUACUAAAGGCUUGUUUACAUGCUUAACAGAUCUGGCUACAAACUGUGGAAUGUAGUGCGACCUGAAUAACACUAUAGCUUGUUCAUUGUCAGGAUAUACAAACAGAGAGAAAGAGAAAACAAAAAACAGGUCAACAUGUUGCAAAUAUUUCAAACAGCUUGAAGUUAAUACUGGCUUUAUAUUUAUGUUCUAAAUUUGUUGUGUAAGCAUAAAAAUGGUUAGGCCAGUUGUUCCCAGUUCCAGUCAUCAUGAAAUACUAAAUUCCCAGGGUUUCUGGCUUUCUGGACCAGAGAAAGCUUUGGUGGUUGUUAGCACCAUCUUGGUAUGACUAGCAAUACCCUGAAUUCCUGCAUGGGCGACUGGUUUCAGAAGUUAUUGGCCUAGACAUUUUUCUUUGUUGCCUCAAAAAAACUGUCCACAAAAGCUUGGACAGGAGUAUCUCUGACACGACGUAUAUUUAUCUUGUGCCUUAAAUAACUGUGUAAAUGUAUCUUCGUUAUGGAAAAAAAGUUUACUGUAUUCAACAGCAUUUAUAUUUUGUGUUUCUGAAUAAAAUGUAUAUAUGUGCUGUAUUUCAGCAAUGUGCAAAUAAGCAAUAUCAAUAAAGAGCAUGUAAUCCAAACAUGAAUCCAUGUACCAUUUGGAUUCAAUAAUUGCAA